AUGGCGUCCGAAAACAGCUCUGAAUCACAAGAUGAGAAAGCUGCUCUUUUAGAAACGGACUCGGCUCAAGAUGCACAAGAAGAAAGUGGUCCAGUUGCGAAACAAAGCGAAUCAAAAUUAACGCUUUAUCACUGGACGCAGUCUUUCAAUUCUCAGAAGGUGCGUCUGGCCAUAGCAGAGAAAGGUUUGCACUGUGAGGAGUAUGAUGUGAGCCUACCACUCAGUGAACACAACGAGCCCUGGUUCAUGCGUCUGAAUCCUACUGGUGAAGUGCCGGUCUUAGUCCAUAAUGACAACGUCAUCUGUGACCCAACACAGAUAAUGGACUACCUGGAGCACAACUUCAAUGAUGAGGGCACUCCCAAGCUGGUCCCUGAAGAGGGCAGUACAUACUAUCACAGAGUGCAGCACUACAGAGAGCUGCUGGACUCACUACAGAUGGAUGCCUACACCCAUGGCUCCAUCCUCCAUCCUGAGAUCACAGUGGACUCCCACAUACCAGCAUAUGCAGCCACAUGCAUACGAACACAGAUCGGGAACACACAGUCGGAGCUGAAGAAACUGGCAGAGCAGAACCCAGAGCUCAAAGAUGCUUACAUAGCAAAACAGAGGCGCUUAAAAUCUAAGUUGGUUGACCAUGAUAACAUGAAGUACCUGAAGAAGCUUCUGGAUGAACUGGAAAGUGUGAUGGACCAGGUAGAGACAGAGCUUCAGAGGAGGGUGGAAGAAACACCAGAAGAAGGCAGUCAGUCCUGGCUGUGUGGUGAGUUCUUCAGCAUGGCUGACGUCUCUCUGGCAGUAACCUUACACCGCCUCAAGUUCCUUGGCCUCUCCCGCCGCUACUGGGGCAACGGUAACCGUGUCAACCUGGAAACAUACUACGAGCGUGUGGUGCAGCGCCCGGCCUUCAGGAGGGUUCUGGGUCAUGUCAACAACAUCCUGAUAUCUGCUGUCCUACCUGUGGCGUUUCGCGUGGCCAGGAAGAACGCCCCGGUAAUUGUUGGAACCACUCUGCUGAUAGGCGUUUUAGGAGGAGCUACAUACUUUGCUUUUCUUUACAUGAAGAAGAGGCUUACUACCUUAAGCUGAGGGAUGUUGAGGUGUUUUGGCACUGAACUGAUUUGGGGGUGGGAGGUAAAGAAACAAAAAGAGCAAGAGAAAUGUCACAUACAUCGAAACGCUAAUUUAAAUUCUCAAAAGCUAAAAUACAUAGAAGAAUAUGAUUGAUUAAUAGACAUCAGUAAUAUGUAACUGUAACACACCUUGAUUGUUUUCUAUUUAGCUGGUUGCACAAAAUGCACUUUUCGUCAUCCUCAUUAUGGUACUGCUGCAUUGUACACCAAAGGAUUGACUUAAAGAACCAUACUAGUGUUUUUGCAUGUUUUGUUGCAUUGGUUUUAAAUCACACAUACCAUAUCUGAAGUGUUUUUGUAGCUCUACAAAUUGAGUGUCAGUUUCUGAAUAGGCCUGAAAUAAUGCAAAGACCAUUAAAAACCUGGUCUGGCUAUCUUCCAGAUGAGCACCUUGUUUUUAGAAGUCCCUUUGAUAGCACCUAAAUGUACCAUUUCCUCUCUGACAAAAUGAAAAGACAAUGUGGAAUUUAACUGUGUGCCAUGCAAUUGCAGCAUAACUUUGACACAAAUAUAGAGCAGCACAAAUACAUUUUCGUACUUUACUGAAAGUAAUGAAAAGCAAUGACAGUUCAAAUGUAAGGCAUACAUGAUUUAUAGUAAAUGGGCUAAAAGAUGCAAAAACACCAGUAUGGUCAUUACAGAUAUCUUUUUAUGUACUCAAAUCUUUAUUAAGAGCAUAAUAUAUUUCACCCUACAUCUGCUUUGUCAUUUAUUAUUUUAUUGUAAUUCAUAUUUGUGUGAUAGAAUUUUAAAAAGUACACUUGAGGUGCGCAGCCUGCUUUCUGUGACCAAGUCUGCCCAGCAGAUAUCAUACUGUAUCUGUGUGUACAUUUGACUGCAACUCUGUAGGAACUCCCUGUUAUCACACCUGCACUCAUGUUUUAAUAUAUGAUGAAUAAUUGCUUGAAAUAUUCUCUUUGUAACAAUGGUUGAUUGAAUCGCUUUUCCACUCUUGUUUAGGCCUACAAUGUCUCCAGACCACCAUAUGCAACAUCUG